AUGUUGGAAUGGGAAACCGGAGGUGAGAAGGUUUAUAUCUGGAAUGGACAAGUGUUGGACAGCUGCAAUCAGUUCCCAUGGAGACUGUCUUUUAUAGCAGAUUUGUUCUGGGAAAUAGCAGAAUUUGUUUUGUUUUGUUUUGUUUUCAAAACUCCGCUUCAGCAAGAUGUGAAAGAAAGAAAAGACUAUGGAAGCUCAUUUGAUUCCAGAUAUGAGGAGGGAAGAAGGCCAGCAGGAGACUCCCUAGGAAGAAUAGGUUGGCUCAAUCAUCUUCAUGGCCUCAACCUUCCUCCAAAGGCUGGUGGAUGA